AUGGGUAUCAAGACUGAGAUCACGCUUUACACUGCAUCAACCCCAAAUGGGAUCAAGGUUCCGAUCCUGCUUGAGGAGCUUGGGCUUGAGUAUAAGUUGUACCCCGUCAAGCUGAGAGAGAACGAGCAGAAACAGCCUUGGUUUCUGGAGAUCAACCCUAAUGGCCGAAUCCCGGCCCUGACGGAUACUUGGGCCGAUGGAGAGAAGAUCCGUGUCUUUGAAAGCGGAACUAUCCUCGAGUAUCUCGUCGAACGCUACGACAAGGACAACAAGUUUUCGUAUCCAAAGGAUUCCCGUGAAUACUGGGAGGUGAAGAGUUGGCUCUCAUGGCAGAUUGGCGGACUGGGACCUAUGCAAGGACAGCUGGAGCAUUUUAGGAGAUACGCAGCGGAGAAGAUUGAGUAUGGUAUCAAUCGCUACGAUAAAGAGACCCAUCGGCUCUAUCAGACCAUGGAAACUCAUCUAGCAAAGUCACCUCAUGGAUUUCUCGUCGGUGACCGCGUUAGUGUCGCCGAUAUAGCCUGUUUUGGCUGGGUUGUUAAUCACGACUUGGACGGUGUUCCCUUCGACGAAUACCCCAACUUAGACAAAUGGCUGAAGAAGCUUCUGGCACGCCCAGGCUUCGAGAAAGGGCGUCACGUCCUGUGA